AUGGGUGACAAUAUAAUUGGCUCGGCGAGCUUCCUGCAUUUGGGCGAUAUCGUGUCGCUGUAUGCGGAGGGCAGUGUUUGUGGCUUUCUCAGCACACUCGGCCUGGUCGAUGAUCGCACGGUGGUUUGCCCGGAGGCGGGCGAUUUGAAUUAUCCGCCUAAGAAGUUCAGAGAUUGUCUCAUAAAGGUUUGUCCUAUGAACCGUUACUCUGCACAAAAGCAGUUCUGGAAAGCCGCCAAGCAGUCAGCCAGCUCCAACACAGAUACGAAUCUCUUGAAGCGUUUACAUCAUGCUGCGGAGAUUGAAAAGAAGCAAAAUGAUACCGAAAACAAAAAACUGCUGGGUACCGCAGUGCAAUACGGCAGCGUCGUGCAGCUACUCCAUCUCAAAUCAAACAAAUACCUAACUAUGAACAAGCGAUUGCCUUCAUUGUUGGAGAAGAAUGCAAUGCGUGUCUAUCUGGACGCCAAUGGCAAUGAGGGUUCUUGGUUCUACAUAAUGCCUUUCUAUAAGCUACGUUCCGCGGGCGAUAAUGUUGUGGUUGGUGACAAAGUCAUACUGAAUCCCGUAAAUGCUGAGCAACAAAAUCUACAUGUGGCUUCCAAUUAUGAAUUACCGGACAAUCCUGGCUGUAAGGAGGUAAACGUACUCAACUCCUCCACCUCAUGGAAGAUCACGCUAUUCAUGGAGCACAAAGAGAAUCAAGAACACAUAUUGAAAGGCGGUGAUGUGGUACGUCUGUUUCAUGCAGAACAAGAGAAAUUCCUCACCAUGGACGAGUAUAAAAAGCAGCAGCACGUUUUUUUGCGCACGACGGGACGUACAAGCGCUACGGCGGCCACAAGCAGCAAGGCUCUUUGGGAGGUCGAGGUUGUGCAGCAUGAUUCAUGUCGCGGCGGUGCUGGACACUGGAACUCCUUGUACCGUUUCAAGCAUCUAGCCACUGGCUAUUACCUCGCUGCCGAGCUGGAAUCGGUGGGCAGCACGACGUUGAUUCAUUCCUUGGAUGGAAACGGACUAGAUACGUCAUUAAAAGAGUCAGAGAAAAGCAAAUGUGAACGUUACCGCCUAGUGCCAGUCCCAUACUCCACUGAAAUCGCAUCGGUAUUCGAACUAGAUCCAACAACGAUGGCGCGCGCUGACAGUCUUGUGCCGCAAUCGAGUUAUGUGCGUUUGCGGCAUUUGUGCUCGAACACUUGGGUGCAUGCCACCUCCAUACCCAUCGACAUUGACGAUGACAAGCCGGUGAUGUCAAAGGUUUGCUGUUCGCCCAUCAAAGAGGAUAAGGAAGCUUUCGCGCUCAUACCAGUCUCACCCGUGGAGGUGCGCGAUUUGGAUUUUGCAAAUGAUGCGUGCAAGGUGUUGGAUACCGUUACCAGCAAGUUGGUUAACGGCAGCAUUUCCAUAAAUGAGCGUCGCUCGUUGAUAGCAUUGCUGCAGGAUAUUGUCUUCUUCAUUGCUGGCAUGGAGAAUGAACAGAACAAAGCAAAGGCAUUAGAAUUAACAAUUAAGAAUCCAAUACGCGAUCGUCAAAAACUGUUGCGCGAACAAUAUAUCCUUAAGCAGUUGUUUAAAAUUCUGCAAGGUCCCUUCCAGGAGCAUCCGAGCGGAGAGGCGCCCUUUCUACGUCUAGAUGAGCUGAGCGAUCCGAAAAAUAGUCCUUAUAAGAAUAUAUUUCGCUUGUGCUACCGCAUACUGCGUCUGUCGCAACAGGACUAUCGUAAGAAUCAGGAGUAUAUAGCCAAGCACUUUGGUCUUAUGCAAAAGCAAAUCGGCUAUGACAUCCUAGCGGAGGACACGAUCACCGCACUGUUGCACAACAAUCGCAAAUUGUUAGAGAAGCACAUAACCGCGGCAGAGAUUGAGACCUUUGUAGGUCUUGUGCGCAAGAAUAUGCUUAACUGGGACUCACGCUUUCUCGACUAUCUCUCCGAUUUGUGUGUUUCGAAUCGCAAAGCGAUUGCUGUGACGCAAGAGCUCAUUUGCAAGAGUGUGCUUAGCUCAAAGAAUUCGGAUAUACUAAUCGAGACACAGAUCAAGCAUUUCAAAGCGCCUAUGGGCGAUGUGUAUCGCAGCGCUGCCGAGGAUUCUUAUUCGCUGAGCACACUAACGGAGGUAUUGGAUGACGAGGAGAAGUCUGAUUUGAUCUCGAAUUCAACCACAACGACCAGUUGGGAUACGACAAGUUUAAAUGAUGCGCCCGAGAUUGAGGAGAAGUAUGAGAUACACUUGAAGUGGCGUGGCCAACCGAAUUCACGUUCCAUGGGCGAUCUGGCCGAUUGUGCUGCUCAAGGCAAAGAGGAGGAAGCUGCCAUACUGAAUUACUAUCGCCAUCAAUUGAAUCUCUUUUCGAACAUGUGUUUGAAUCGCCAAUACUUGGCGUUGAACAUUUUAUCGCCACAUCUGGAUAUCGAUUUGAUACUCAAAUGCAUGUCCGAUGAGACAAUGCCGUAUGAGCUGCGCGCCUCAUUCUGUCGCCUAAUGCUGCAUUUGCAUGUCGACCGUGAUCCACAAGAGCCUGUGACGCCGGUUAAAUAUGCGCGCCUCUGGAGCGAAAUACCAUCAAAAAUGUCGAUACUCGACUAUGAUGGCAAAAACCAGCAACCCGAUCAAAACAAAGAAGCUGUGCGCGCCAAAUUCAACACGACAAUCGCCUUCGUAGAGAAUUAUCUCUGUAACGUGGCCACCAAGGUGUGGCUAUUCACCGACCAGGAGCAAAAUAAACUAACUUUUGAGGUGGUAAAAUUGGCACGUGAUCUAAUCUACUUCGGCUUCUACAGUUUCAGCGAUUUGCUGCGCCUGACCAAAACUCUGCUCUGCAUUUUGGAUUGUGUGUCGGAGACUGGCAUGGACGGCGCAACACCCGGGCGCUUUGUAAAUACGGAUAUUGAUUCGCCAACAGAAGAGGAAACGGCGGAAGGUGGCGUACUACGUUCCAUCGGUGACAUGAACACAGUUAUGACUUCGCUGGCGCUCGGUUCUGUCGGUCAAGCGAUUGCCUCACCCGCCUCGCUGGCGCUGCAACAUCGCAAAUCGGUUUCGCAGAUGCUGAAGGAGUAUCCACUGGUCAUGGAUACCAAGUUGAAGAUAAUUGAGAUUCUACAAUUCAUACUGGACGUACGUUUGGAUUAUAGAAUCAGUUGCCUCCUAUCGAUAUUCAAGCGCGAAUUUGAUGAGACCGAAAUUAGUGCAGCCGCGGCGGCAGCAGCAGCAGCUGCGGCAGCCCAGAAUGCUGGCACAGCGGAGGGUACGCCAAGCGAUGGCAACGUUAGUAGUGGUGAGACAAGUAGCAAGAAUGCGGCGCUGAUGGAGGCUGCGGCUGCGGCUGCUGCUGCGCUAAGUACACGUCAGAAGAAUAUCGAUUUGGAGUCAAUUGGUGUGCAGGCGGAGGACAUUUUCGACUGUGAUAGCGGCGAUGCGUCGAAUUUAGACUUGGAUGGUCAAGGUGGGCGCACUUUUCUGCGCGUGCUGCUUCAUCUCAUCAUGCACGACUAUCCGCCGCUGGUGUCAGGCGCGCUGCAUCUGCUCUUUAGACACUUCAGUCAGCGGCAGGAGGUAUUGCAGGCUUUCAGACAGGUGCAAUUGCUUGUGUCCGAUAGUGACGUAGAGUCUUAUAAGCGCAUCAAAUUGGACUUGGAUAUUCUGCGGCAGAGCGUUGAAAAGUCCGAGCUGUGGGUCUAUAAGCCGAAGACCACGGAUGAGUACAAUACCACUGCAGAGCGCUCAUCUGACCCGGCCAUUGAUGUCUCCAACUUGAGCAAUGAAUAUCGUGCAUCUUUGUCGAAUGAGCAGUUAAAUGAGUAUAAAAAGGUUAAAGAGAUACUCAUACGCAUGAAUAAGUUUUGCGUUACAUCGGGCCCCAACGUCAAGCCGCGCAAACACGAACAACGUCUGCUCCGCAACGUUGGUGUGCACACAGUUAUUCUCGAUCUGCUGCAGAAUCCAUAUGAUGAAAAGGAUGAUGUGCUAAUGAAGGAGCUGAUGUGUUUGGCGCACGAGUUCCUGCAGAAUUUCUGUUUGGGCAACCAACAAAAUCAAGUUUUGUUGCAUAAUCAGUUGGAUUUAUUCCUCAAUCCAGGCAUCUUAGAGGCCAAGACUGUCUGCGCCAUCUUUAAGGACAACCUCGCACUUUGCAACGAGGUCACCGACAAGGUCGUACAACAUUUCGUGCAUUGCAUUGAGAUCCAUGGCCGCCAUGUUGUAUACUUGCAAUUCCUUCAAACGAUCGUCAAAGCUGAGAACCAAUUCAUACGUAAAUGUCAAGAUAUGGUCAUGCAAGAGCUGAUAAAUGCCGGCGAAGAUGUGCUCGUGUUCUACAACGACAAAAGCUCCUUUAAUCAGUUCGUCGCAAUGAUGCAGAGUGAAAAGUCGCCACUGAGCGACUCUAGUCCACUGCGCUAUCAUGUGGAACUUGUUAAGCUGCUUGCCUGUUGUACCAUGGGCAAGAAUGUCUACACGGAAAUUAAAUGCAACAAUUUGCUCUCACUGGACGAUAUAGUAACGAUUAUUUGCAAUCCUGCUUGCAUACCGGAGGUGAAGGAAGCCUAUGUUGAUUUCCUCAAUCAUUGUUACAUUGAUACCGAGGUGGAGGUUAAAGAGAUUUAUUCCUCGAGUCACAUGUGGAAUUUGUUCGAGAAAUCUUUUCUGGUCGAUAUUAAUCAAUUGAUUGCCAUCGGCGCCAAUGCCGAUAAGACGCUGCUCAAUUAUGUAUUGAGCGGUGUGACGAAUGUGUUGAAUACCUUCUUCUCCAGUCCCUUCUCCGAUCAGAGCACCAUCGUGCAAACGCGUCAGAUGAUUUUCGUUCAGAUACUGCAAGCCACCUAUCGCUUAACACAGUGCAAGUGGCUGUCACUGGCCGAUCGCUUUAAUGUCGAGAACUGCGUUCGUACGUUGGCUGAGUCGGCGAAGACGCGUAAUAUUGCGAUUCCGCUCGACUUGGAGCAACAGGUGGUGUCGAUGUCUAGCAAAACAGCCUUGCUAACGCGUCAGACCACCAAAUGGCUAUUGGCCUCGAAGCAGCCAAAAUAUGAGACACAGCUCUCGGCAAAUUUAAUGCGUUUGGACCGUUCUAUCAUAGAGGGCUUGCAAGAUAUUGUGUCGCUGUUGGAAGAUCAACUGAAGCCGGUGGUGGAGGCGGAGUUGUCGUUGUUAGUCGACAUUCUGUACAGAUCGGAGUUACUCUUUCCGCCCGGCACCGAGGCGCGCAAAAGUUGCGAAAGCGGCGGUUUUAUUAGAAAGCUUAUCAAGCACACAGAGAAGUUGCUGGAGGAGAAGGAAGAAAAGCUAUGUGUAAAGGUGUUGCGUACGCUGCGCGAAAUGAUGGCAAUCGACGUGAAUUACGGUGACAAAGGAGAUGCGCUGCGCAACACACUGCUAAUGAGGUACUUUGAUCGGAAGGGGGGCGGCGGAAGUGGUGGAAUUAUAAGCGGUGUUGGCGGAGGUGGCGCUAGUGGUAUAAUCACUGGAACUGGCAUUGGGGUAGGACCGAAGGCAAUCGAAGCCAAGCCAGAUGGCACUGACGCUAUCUUAAUUGAGCAACAGAAGCGUAUUCAUCUCGUAACUCACGGUCCGGGUGCCAAGUAUCUUCAGCGCGCAGGUAAAACACUACAUGAAGUUCAAAAUCAUUUGGAUCGUGAGGGCGCCUCUGAUUUGGUCAUUGAACUCGUGAUAAAGUCCGUACACUCGCCCUCAAUUUUCGUGGAGGCUGUUGAACUGGGCAUUGCGUUACUCGAGGGUGGCAAUCCCAUCAUACAGAAGGGCAUGUAUCAAAAAUUUCUCAGUGGCGACUUCAAUCAAGCUUUCUAUAAAGUUUUCUUCGAGAAAAUGAAGGACGCCCAACAAGAAAUAAAGUCAACGGUGACGGUUAAUACCUCAGAUAUUGCGGCGAAGGCGCAUGAAAACAAGCAAGAUGUCAAUCUGGAACUGGACAAAAUUGCACGUAAACAUGGCGUGAAAAGUAAUGGUGUUGUCAUCACCGAUGAGCUAAAGAAGGAAUUGCACAAUGCGGGCCUUGCAACAGCGCGCGCCUACGGCAACGCACGUAGUAUUCAUCCGGGUGAUGAAAACUCUGCCAUUAGCAUUAAUAGCCCAUUGGAAGACAUACUUGCCGAGAAGUUGGAAAAGCACAAAGACAGCAAGGACGAUCGCAAUAAGAUUUCGAAUAAAGUGUUGGUGAUGCAACCGAUUCUACGCUUUCUGCAGUUACUCUGCGAGAACCAUAAUCCUGAUCUGCAAAAUUUAUUGCGCAAUCAAAACAACAAAACCAACUAUAACCUCGUCUCCGAAACCCUAAUGUUCCUGGAUUGCAUUUGCGGCUCAACGACCGGUGGAUUGGGUUUACUGGGACUAUAUAUCAACGAAAACAAUGUCGCACUGAUCAAUCAAACUUUGGAAACACUUACCGAAUAUUGUCAGGGACCCUGUCACGAAAAUCAAAAUUGCAUAGCCACGCACGAGUCCAAUGGUCUCGACAUUAUAACAGCACUCAUACUUAACAAUAUCAAUCCGCUCGGCGAAAACCGUAUGGAUCUCGUCUUGGAGCUGAAGAAUAAUGCCUCCAAACUGUUGUUGGCUAUUAUGGAAAGUCGCGGUGACAGUGAAAAUGCCGAACGUAUUUUGUAUAAUAUGAAUCCCAAGCAACUAGUAGAGGUAGCCUGUAAGGCAUACCAUCAGGAAGAGAUGAUCGACGAGAGUGAUGAACAUGAUGGCGGCGAUGGUGAAGCGGAUGAUGAGGUUUCGGUGAGUCCACGUGAAGUGGGUCAUAACAUUUACAUUCUGUGCCACCAGCUGGCGCAGCACAACAAGGAGCUGGCGGCGCUACUAAAGGCAUGUGAAGAUCCACAAGCAACCAGCUUUGAUGCGAAAAUGAGUCAGGCCUUAAUGUAUUAUGCAACGCAUACAGCACAAAUUGAGAUCGUACGGAACGACCGCACUUUGGAGCAAAUCGUUUUUCCGAUACCCGAAAUAUGCGAAUAUUUGACGACAGACACGAAAAUCAAAAUUUUGAACACAGCUGAACGCGAUGAUCAGGGCUCAAAAGUGGCGGAUUUCUUUGACAAGGCCGAGGAGAUGUUCAAUGAAAUGAAGUGGCAAAAGAAGUUGAGAGGACAACCCUUCCUGUUCUGGGUCAGCAGCUAUAUGUCAUUAUGGAGCAAUAUACUUUUCAAUUGUGUUGUUGUUAUCAAUCUGAUUGUAGCAUUUUUCUAUCCAUUCGACAACACUGUACCGGAGCUCAGCUCACAUAUUUCUUUACUUUUCUGGGCCAUACUGUUGUUCUCAUUGGCUAUUGUGGUGACGUUACCGCGUGAAUCAGGCAUUCGCACGUUAAUUGGCUCCGUGAUAUUACGUUCCAUCUUUCUUAUUGGUCCAGAAUCGACGCUCUGCCUGUUGGGAGUUGUGACGGUGACGUUGAAGAGUGUGCAUAUCGUGAGCAUUAUGGGCAACAAUGGCACGCUGGAGAAGAAUUUCUUCAAGAUAAUCACCGAUAUGCAACUACUAUAUCACUGCAUAUACAUAAUGUUCUGUUUUUGUGGACUGAUCUUUCAUCCCUUCUUCUACUCGCUGCUGCUAUUCGAUGUUGUAUAUCGUGAAGAAACUCUGGUGAAUGUCAUACGCUCCGUCACGCGCAACGGACGCUCAAUCGUUUUAACAGCAGUCUUAGCGCUGAUUUUGGUUUAUCUAUUUUCCAUCAUUGGUUAUAUGUUCUUUAAGGACGACUUUCUGGUCGAGGUGGAUGCUGAUGACGGUCAGACGAGUGCAACGACACCAGCGGUGCCAGAUAUUACCGUAUCGAUGGCGUCGAAUAGCGCUGACAACACUUGUGGCGCGCCAGAUGCUUUUAAUAAAGGCGUAUUUUGCGCCGGAGCCGGCAAUAGUGCCGCUGAAGCUAGCGCUACUGCCACUGCUGCCAAUGGCGGCUGUGGUGGCGAUGCAAAGGAACGUUCUUGUGACUCUUUGGUUAUGUGUAUUGUUACCACACUGAAUCAGGGUUUGCGAAAUGGUGGCGGUAUUGGCGAUAUACUACGCGCACCGUCCAGCAAGGAAAGUCUAUUCGCUGCACGUGUCAUUUACGACUUGCUCUUCUUCUUCAUCGUCAUUAUUAUUGUUUUGAAUUUAAUUUUUGGCGUCAUCAUCGACACUUUUGCCGAUCUGAGAAGUGAGAAGCAGCAAAAGGAACUCAUCCUUAAGAACACCUGCUUUGUGUGCGGCCUUAAUCGCUCGGCAUUCGACAACAAAACCGUCAGUUUUGAGGAGCACAUCAAGAGCGAACACAAUAUGUGGCAUUAUUUGUACUUCAUAGUGUUGGUGAAGGUGAAGGAUCCCACAGAGUUUACCGGACCCGAGAGUUACGUAUACGCCAUGGUGAAAGCAGGCAUUUUGGAUUGGUUCCCACGUUUGCGUGCCAUGUCACUGGCUGCCGUCGAUGCGGACAGUGAGCAAAUCGAAUUGCGCAGCUUGCAGGCUCAGCUGCCGGAGAUGCAAUUGCUCAUAACAAGCUUGUCGCAGCAGUUGCAUGAACUGAAGGACCACAUGACGGAGCAGCGUAAACAAAAGCAGCGCUUAGGAUUGCUCAAUACAGCGCCGAGCAAUCUAUUGGCGUGUUAUCAGUUGCGCGACGCGAAUAGUUUGUCUUGA